GCCCAUCUUGCGGUCGGCUUGACGCGAGAGUCCCGUAGACACAGGGGCGCCCUCGCGGGACGAGGGGAGAAGCGGCGGCGCAGGUUGUUUCAAGGUCGGCACAUCCUGUAGGCCAAUCGAAGUCGGCCUACCACCCCUGGACCAGCCGAAAGCCGAGUCACGGCCGCACCGCAACGCGCCAGAUUCCGCGCACCAGCUGUGCCGCCCUCGCCGGGCGGUGAGAUCUCCUAUCUCUCCUGCCGGCGGGUCGGUGGUUCCAGCGAACAAGAUGCUGGGCGUCUCCACCGGCCAGCUUUUGGUCAUCCUCGGGGCCUGCUCCGUGAUGAUGAAGCCCAGUGACAUGAUCAAGAUGGCAAGGGUGGCAGGGAGGAUGACCGGGAGAGCGGUCGGUCGCCUCAUGCUCUACCGCCGGCAGAUGGACGACAUCUUCGAGCAGACUGCAGCGAAGAAGAUUAAUACAGAGCUUCAAGAUGCUAUGUCAAAGUUACAAUCAAUUGGUUAUGAAGUUCAGAACUUAUCUAGAAUAACUCCUGGCCAGUUUAUCAAAAGGCAGCACAACACAGAGAGCAUGACUGAAGCAGGAACAUCUGAUAGUUCUGCAACUCAGUCCGGAGAAUUUCGUGAUGAUAUUCGCAGUAUAAUUCGUGAUGAAAUUGAGAGCUUUUGUAGAAAAAAUCCUGAUCAAUUUACCAGGAGGUUAAAUAAUCCUGACGGAAUUCAGAACUCUGAACAAACAGCUGAAGCUACACAAUUCGAUGUAACUAGUAAAUUUGCAAUGACAUCUAAGGACAUGGAAUCAGCGAAUACAAGCUCUACAAAUCUGCACAGCCAAGCAAUGAUGUAUGCCAAGCUAAGUGUAUCCCCAGGAAUUAAGAUGAGUUCUUCCAUGAGUGUGAGUAAUGGAGAACAAUUCAAAGAGAGCAAUGGACUGCUAAAUGUACUCCCAAUAUCAGCUGAAAGUGCUGGAUUGCUUCCGAAACACACAGGUGAGCCAAAAGGUUCAGAUAUACUCCUGGAGGCUGUGCUUGAAGCAGAGGUUGCAGAGAACGCUAAAUUUUUCGUCUCACAGCCUCAUGAUCAGUUGCCCAAGGAGGGAUCCUCCAAUUUGUACAUGCGCGCGCGUGAGCCGAACGAAACCCGUCACCUGCUAUCCUCAAAAAAAAAAAACCCGUCACCUGCUCGCCACGUCAGCGAUCCGCGCCGAAGUGCAUCUGGCUCGUCCAUCGCAGACAGCGGCGAACGGCUGGCAUCACUCCAUGUCACCGAUCCGCGGCACGACCCCUCCACCAAUCAGCGCCCACCUCCUCCCUCCUAUAAAGCUCUCCAUCCCCUCCCCGUCUCGCCACAACCCAUCCCCCAAUUCCCCACCAGUUCUCCCACCGUCCACCGAAACCCCCACCUCACCUCCGAAGCGGCGGCGGCAGCAGCGUCCAUGGCGCCCAAGGCGGAGAAGAAGCCGGCGGCGAAGAAGCCCGCGGAGGAGGAGCCGGCGGCGGAGAAGGCCCCCGCGGCGAAGAAGCCCAAGGCCGAGAAGCGGCUGCCGGCGGGGAAGACCUCCGCCGGCAAGGACGGCGGCGAGAAGAAGGGCAAGAAGAAGGCCAAGAAGAGCGUGGAGACGUACAAGAUCUACAUCUUCAAGGUGCUGAAGCAGGUGCACCCCGACAUCGGCAUCUCCUCCAAGGCCAUGUCCAUCAUGAACUCCUUCAUCAACGACAUCUUCGAGAAGCUCGCCGGGGAGUCGGCCAAGCUCGCCCGCUACAACAAGAAGCCCACCAUCACCUCUAGGGAGAUCCAGACCUCCGUCCGCCUCGUCCUCCCCGGCGAGCUCGCCAAGCACGCCGUCUCCGAGGGCACCAAGGCCGUCACCAAGUUCACCUCCUCUUAGGCUCUUUGUCAAAUCUCUUCUGGCGUGUGAUGGAUCGAUGUUGACCUGUAGUUAGAUCAUGUUCCGGCUGUCAUCUUGUAAGAAAACGUGCUCUCGGUACUGUUAUUCAGACCCGAAGUAACAACACUGUUCAACCCUGCUGUUCCCUUGGAAAUAUCUGAAGAAAUGCUAAGCUUGCCGCUUCAAUCUGAUA